ACUACGUUUCGUUUGCAAAUAUUAUAAAAUAGAAAUUCUUGUUUUUCAGUUAAAUGCGAAAGAAAGAAAAAUUAUAUACGAGAAGAAAAUCUAAUUGAAAAUCUUUGAAAACGUCGCCGCCUGCUCCAUGUUUGUGUUCUAAAUAUAAAAAACAAAUCGCCGCCUGAAACAAAAAGAAAAAAACAACAAAAUAUCCAAAGAAAUUGCACACACACAAAGCAUCCCAAAUCCCUAAAAAAAAGAUAAGAAAAGAAAAGCGAGAAAAGUUUAUAAAUAUAUUUGGAAAAAGUCCUGCAAACGCAGUCUACACGUGUGUGUGUGUGUGUGCGAGUGAGUGAGUGCAAGUGUGUGCGUCCAUGUGAAGGUGGCCCUGUUUUGGGGCUAAUUAUAAUAGCUGAUCGUCUAGCUGAAGCUGUGUGUACACCAGCAUGGAAGUUACACCGGGAACAGCAGUCGCCGACGUCGCAGUAGAACCUCCUGGUCGUCAAGAUAUGCCACAUAGUGCACCGCGUAUUACGUUCAGUGACAACUCCAGCACGCUUAUACGCUGCAUACCCAACGAGCGUGCGACGUUCUUUGUGAAAAUCGAUUGCGAUGAGGACGAUGAGGCCGAACUGCUGCCCUUCAAAUUCGAGUGGAACCGCAACGAUAUACCCAUCGAGAAUUCCGAUCGCUUUCGCAUCACAAACACGAGCAAUGCCGUCCAGCUGGCCGUGGAGCAUGUGCAGCGCGAGGAUGCCGGACACUAUACGCUAAUCGCCCGCACGAAGAGCGACGCCAUUGUGCGCAAGCAGGUUGAACUCAUUGUCGAGGACAGAUCAACGGGCGAGGAUCCGCCCGUAUUUCUGCGACGCCUCGUCGAUCUCUCUGUCAAAGUGGGAACACGGACGCGUCUCCUCACUGAAAUACGCAGCUCCACAGAUCUGAAGCUUACCUGGUACCGCAACGAUCGAAGGAUUUGCGAAAACGAUCGUAUUAUAGAAACGAAUGAGGGCACAUUUCACUAUCUGGAAGUGAGUCCAGUCAUCCUCGAGGAUGGCGGCCAAUGGAUGUUAAUGGCCGAAAACUUGGGCGGUCGCAAUUCCUGUUUGGCCAACCUAAGUGUGCUCGUGCCAAAGGCCUACAAGACUCCCGAGUUUGUGGAGGAUCUGCGAGCGGUGCUCACCGAACAGGGCACCGUGUCGCUGGAGUGCAAGGUUGUGGGCGUGCCGACGCCCAUGUUGCGUUGGUUCAAGGAUUCCAAGGAGAUUAAGGCCGGCGAUAUUUUUGCGCUAACAGCGAAUGCCGAUGAUCCCACCUCGUUGGGCACGUACACAUGCGAGGCCAAGAACUGCAUGGGCGUCACCUAUUCCAGCUCCAAGGUGCAUGUCGUGGGUCGUGGCAGUCGCGAGGGUUCGUUGAAACCAGCUGACAAUGUUAGCAAUAAUGCGCCGCCGCCGAUAUUUACGAACGAACUGAAAGAUGUGAGCGUUCGCAUUGGCGAUACCAUCAUGCUCGGCUGUCAAGUUGUCGUGCCACCCUGGCCCAAAAGCGUCACCUGGUACAACAAGGAUGGACGUGUGGACACCGCUGAACGCUACAAGCUUAUCGAGGAUGGCCUCGGCGUAUAUAUGAUUGAGAUUAAGCCAUCGGAAUCGUGCGAUGCCGGCGAUUGGAAGUGUGUGGUCAGCAGCUUUGAGGGCUGCGUGGGCAUCUCGUCUUCUGUGGUCAACAUGGACAUUCCCCGCAACUAUCGCAAGCCCCGCUUUAUGGAGAGUCUGCGCGCUGUGCUCACCGAGGAGGGAUUGGUCUCCUUCGAGUGCAAAGUCGUUGGCUUUCCAACCCCUGUGCUCAAGUGGUUCAAGGAUGGCCACGAACUGAAGCCGGGCGAUGUGUAUCAAUUAACUGGCACCAAUUCACUGGGCACCUAUUGCUGCAUUGCACGCAACUGCAUGGGAGAGACGAGCAGCACAGCUGUGUUGACCAUGGAGGACAUACAGAAUCAGCUGACGGACGAAGAGCGUUUGGUGUUUACACAUCAGAAUCAAGCACCCAAGUUCCUAACGGGCUUGAAGAGCACCGAUGCGAAGAUCAACGAACCAUUUCAAUUCAAAGUAGUGGUCAAGGCUACGCCAGAUCCAAUCUUAACCUGGUUCCGCGACGAACUUCCGAUUGAUCCCAAUGAACGCUAUAAUCAUUAUCGUGGCGAGCAGGACGAGUGGCAAAUGGACAUCAAGAAUGUGGAGUUUGUCGACCAGGCGGAAUGGAAGUGUGUGGCCGUCAAUGAUUUUGGCACCAGCAUCACGUCGUGCUUCCUCAAACUGCAAAUCCCACGGCACUACAAGAAACCAAGGUUCCUUGAAUGCCUGCGUGCCGUGCUUACCGAGGAGGGCGCCGUCAAUCUAGAGUGCAAGGUCAUUGGUGUGCCGCAGCCUGUGCUCAAGUGGUACAAGGAUGGCGUUGAGCUCAAGCCUGGUGACAUACAUCGCAUCAUCUCGGGGCAGGAUGGCACCUGCUGCCUGGGCACAUACACAUGCGAGGCGAGGAACUGCAUGGGCGUUGUGGCUAGCUCUGCUUCACUGCUGGGCUUCGAGGACGCACAGCGCACUGCAAAGCAAGAGCAACCGCGUGAAAAUGAACUGCAAAGGAACUACUCGCUGUCCACCAUACAGGAGGAGCGCACGUCGCAGAUGUACGAGACGCCAGUUGGAGACAUCACAAUCGAUGAAAAGGGCGACGUCUCCUUCUCUUUUGAUGGCAAAGAGGUCUCUGUUUCCCUCUACGAAACUCCAGAUCUGACAGAGGAAGAAGCGCUGAAGAUUGUCGAAAUGUAUGCCGAUCAGAUAUCCGAGCAUGUGACAGAGCACAACAUCGUGGAGCUGCCACCGCUGCGUUUCGUCAAGGAGACUUCCCAGUCUGGCAAGCUGCUCAUGGAAGCGGUGGUCAUUGACAUUUCCCCCGAGUAUUUUACCCAUGACGAGGACAUGCGCACCGAGGCUGAUAUGGAUGACAUUUCUAUCACGGAGAUCACAGUGCAUGGCUCAUCGGGUAGGGAAGGCGUCUUCGAUCGGGCAGCCGAGCAGUAUGCACAGCAAUCCUUUGAGAAGAUGGAGGAAGAGCUUUCCCUUUCGGCGCCUAUUCGGAAGCGAAAACAGUCGCGACCUACUGAAACUGAAGAGUUCUUUAGUCUUUCCAAAGCUACGGGAUCAAUCGAAGGUGAAGUGGAUGGUGAUGAAGAAACCUCUGACCUGCAAACCUUUGCCAGCGCUCAGAUGUCCGCUUCACAAAAAACAGCUACAGCUCAAUCUGCAGCUGAAGUUGAAGGUGCAGUUGCUGCACCGCCUAAGCGAAAAAAGUCCAAGAAACCCACCGAUAACAGCGACUCUUCCAAGACAACCGAAGAUGAGGCAAGGUUGCUGGACAUUUCCGGUGCAGUGGGCGAUGGACUUCUAGUAACGCCCAGCUCACAUCUGAAAGCAGUUACAGAUGAAGUGGAAAUCAAUCAAAAUCUUAUUGCUUUGGUGCCGUUGGCUAAGUUGCUGAGAACUAUAGACAAUCAUCUGUCCGUUGUGGAGAACGAGGUGCUGGAACAGUCCACCAUGAUGAUGACUCCAGCGGCGGCAGAUCAGAGCAUUGCCAUUCUCCGAAAUAUUCUCGAGCCCAUCAAACAGAUCGAGAGCAAGCUGCGUGUCUACUCGGGUGAGAAUCAAAUCGAUGCCCUCAUCCAAUCCAUGGAUGAUGACAUUAAGAAAUUGCAUCUGGGCCUGCAGGUGAUUGAGAAGUGUGUGGAGAUCGACGAAACUGGCGUCACGCUGAUUCAGCGCACAAGUGUCUGCAUUAUUGACAGCGUUGCCGAACACAUGAAGCGCGCCCUUGAGGAACUGAAGCUGGUCAGCGAGAAGUUUAAGUCGGAACACUUGCGUUCGCAGAUUCGUCUGACUGCUGAGGAUAUACAGCAGGGAUUGGAGAUUACCCAGGGCACAAUUCGGUCGCAAACUCUACUGCAGGAGGCACAGGAGCUAGAAGCGGCCAAGCAUUUUUCUGACGCCGUCGAGAAGAUGCAGGAUGUGCCCGAGAGUGUAUCCUUUGCCACCAUCUCGGAAGCCAAUCUGCCGAGUGAAGCCAGCGCCUUGAAGGACAUCUGUCAACCUGUAGCCAAAAUACAAGAGGCGCUGGAACGCGUCGAAAUGGAGCUUUCGCUGGAGGAGAGCGAGGAACAGAUUUACAAGAAGGUACACAAGAAAGUCCUUGACAGCAUUGUGGAGCCCAUCAAGGAGCUGCAAUCAACUCUGCAGUCCAUUGAGGACAAGACCGAAUCGUUGGCUGGGGCCGAGUCCAUGGAGCAGAAGAUUAACAUGGCCAUAUUGGAUAUAGUCACCCCACCGCUCUUCGAGCUCAAUAAGGGUCUGGAGCUGAUUGUGAACGAGAAGUCGGAUAGCGUGGAAGCGGGAAUGUUCACGGUGCAGACGGUGGAAUCGAUGGUGCCGCCACUGCAGGAGAUACAGAAUGGUCUCGCUCAAUUGAGUCAGGACCUGGAGACGGGACAUACGGAGCGUGCCGAGGAAGCUACCUUGGAUCAUGCCGACACCCAAAAGCUGCUGCAGUCAAUUGCACAAGCUGUACUGCAUUUUGAGACAAAUAUCGAACGCAUUUCGAAUCGUCUAACGGACAACGUCAAGAUUCGUUUGCAGAAUCUCAAGGAUGAACUGUCCGCUCUCAUUGGCACCAUUUUGGACAAAGAUAUUACACGGCAUCAUGUGCAAUUGCUCGACAGACUAAAACGUCCCAUCGAUGAGCUCAACUAUUGCAUACGCCAGACGGAAGUAAAGUCGACGUCCGGUUCGCUGGCGGAUCUUAUUGAGCCGCUCAGCCUGUUGCAGGAAAGCACUCAGAAGGGACAUGGAGUGCUGCUCGCCUCACGGGAACGUGAGCCAGAUAAGCAAGCACUGCAAUCCCUGGAAAACAUACGUAAUAUUAUACGCAAUGCCAUCAUCGAUAUUGAAGAGCACGAGUUCAAGAUGCUGCAACAGGAGAUUCAACAGGACGAACAACAUGCGGCACAGCAGGAUAAAUCCUUUAGUGCAUUACGCAAGGUGCUCGAGACGAAGGUUUCUCUAGAGGAGGCCAUCGAUAGCAUUGAGACGCUGCAGCUGGCCUUGAUUCGCAUCAAUGACAAUCCCAAAGCGACGGCUAAAACUAGAUCAUCGGCAAACGAAGCGCAAGUUGCGCUGCUUCGCAUUAUGCAGAUUGCCAAGGGUUUGGCUACCUUCAGCGAAACAGAGACGACUCUCAAUAUCAAUGAGGCAAACACCACACGCAUUCUCUACGAGAUGGGAAAGAGCUUUGCUGAUCUUGCCAAGACACUAGACAAUCCAGCAGCUGAGCAUAGCGAGUACAACGAUGUGCUGAGCAACUUUAAUGAUAUGCUCGCUCAGCAGCGCGAUGCUCUCGAGGGGCAACUCAACUGGAAUACGCUGGCGAUUGCCAGUCCACUUACCAGCUUCAUUCAAGCACUUGGACAUAUGCAGCCACUAAAGGCAUCGAGCGAAGAUUUGUCCACGCUGGACGACGUUUCCGUUCUUAGGUCCCUGGCUGAAUCGUUGCCCACGGAACCAGAGGUACACUCGGAAGAGGAAAAGCAAGCAUCGGAAGCCAUCAAGAAACCAGCGGAAGUUCUAUUAGCUGAUCUUAACCAUGGGAUUGCCUCGGUGUUGUCGCAUUGCGAGGACCUCGACGUGACUUCCUUGCGACCGGAUGCAGGCGAAUCACUUCAAGCUGCCAUACUCAAAAUGCACGAGCUGCAGAACAGCAUUGCCCUGGUGCAGGAAACAAGCACAGUGGAAGCUGUUCAUUCGAUUUCCGAGGGCACUGAUCCGGGCACUUUUGCCGCUGCCAUCUGCAGCCUGGAGCGCUGUGUACUCGAGGUGGAAGAGUGUAUUGCGCAUAGUGGCGCCGAAAGUCUAACCGAUCUAGAGCUGUCCAAGUUGAAGACUUUGGCAACGCCGUUGCAAGAUUUGAGGCAUUAUUGCGAGCAAAUCGAACCGCAGGCGCUGGAACAUGCCAACGAUAUGUCCACAGAGAAUAUAUCCGAGCUAAAGUCGACUGGACAUAAACAAACUGUGCAGGAGGCCGUUCAAGAGGCGGCUGUCGUUGCAGAUGAGCCGCAAGUGGAAAUCUACGAUGUGAGGCAGGGCGUCGUCAGUGGCAUCAAACAGCUGGAGGCUUGCCUGGAAGUCACCCAAAAGGACAACAACGAGGAGCUAAAACGAGUGGGAGAAAUCAUGCAGCAAUUGAACUCGGAUCUGAAAAAUAUUCAGGAAGUGCUCAGCUCGGACAGCGAUCAACAGCAAACGGUGUUGGCUCAGGCCAAGAUCGCUCAAACGAUGUUCAAGUUGAAGGAGAGCUUGGUGCACACCUACGAAUCGGGACUGGUAGAAUCAUUGGAUAAUGUCGAAUCUGCUUUCGAGGAUAUACUUGUAUCGUUGCCUGUGCUGGAGACGCAGCUGGCUCAGGAGAUGUACACGAAGAUCGAGAGAGCCUUCAAGCAAUUUAAUGCCUACUGCCAGCAGCCAGACAUUGCCCACCUUAAUCCAAGCUUUGCCAAGCUGCUGGAUACCAUCAAAGCUGUUGCCGAUUCACCGAACGUGGAUGUAGAUAAAUCAUCCACUUUGAUGAUAAAUCUGCAGACAAGUCUUAUGGCCUCAUUCCGAUCUUUAAACGAGGUUAGCGAAGUGGCGGAGAACAACGAUCUGCACGGCGGUCUAGUCAACACCCAGAGCAGCUUGGUUGCCGUCUUUGACUUUAUUGAGAAUAAUGAAGGUACAAUUCGUAUCAUUGAAUUGCUACAAGAGAUGGAUGCCAUCACAGCGGAGCUGAAAAAACUCUCUCUGAUUCCUAAUGAGCCCAAAGUACCAAUUGAUAUUAGCAUUAUUAUUGAGAACGUUUCAUCGGGCAAAGCGUUCUUGACUCAAAUCGAGAAGGGCUUGCAGCAUGAUAAUCCCUUAAGUGUGAUGCUGCUAGAGGAGAACACUGAGGAAUUGGGUCAAUUGGAGUCAACUCUUAUUCAAAUUGAAGAGGAAAUUCUUUCUCAAUCUGAACUCAAUCGGAUUACACCAGCUCAAUUAACUCUUAUUGAUACUGUUCAGUUGCAAAUCAAUAACCUCCAGCAGAAAUUAACUGAGUUGAGUGCUGCUUUACAGGCCCAGCAAGAGGAGGAUAUACAAAAGGAGCAACAACAACAACAGAGUCAGGAGACGAUAGAAUCCUUUAAAUCUGAGCUACAGAGUGUGCAAGAAGAUGUUCAACACCUAGAAGUUACUAAGGAACAACACCAAAUAACUAAGCAGCAACAGGAAGUUAUCCAACAGCAACAGAUUCAGGAAAAAACAGAGGAAGCUUCCCAAAAGAAACUUGAGACUAAGGUGAAGAGAAAGUCAGAAGAAGAGGCUAAAGAAAUAGUUCAAAAGAAAUCUAAAGAUGAAAUUGAUGCAGGUGUACAUAAAACAAAGAAGGUAUCACCACAAAUGCUUAAGCAGACCUUGACUGAGAAUUUCAAGCAGUUGUCUUCUACUUUAAAAUCCAAGCCAGAUAACGUUGAAGCAAAAUCUAUUUUAAGCAAAAGUCAGGAUAUCAUUGAUAACUUGCAAGACUCUGAGAAAAUAACAAAGGGUAUCUUCAAGCUCAGAGAGCACAUUGUUCAUACUUACGAAGGCACAUCUUCAAACGAGCUAGCCGACAAGGAAAUUGUAGAAGCAUUUAUCGAGUCGGUUCUUGAGUUUUGCCCAACUGCCGCGGAGAAUUUGAUUGCCCAUUACCUGAAAGAAAUUAAAACAAAUAUUGAUUUAACUAAAGCUGCAAUCGAACUAAUUGAUGAUACUGAAAUGUUUGCAAAGCCUUCAUUACUUCUGCCAAAACUUGUUAAUCUGGAGAACAUUUCGGAAAGUAUCAAAUCUGAUCCACACAUUGAAAAAUCGUCUGAAAAAAUGAUCCAUCUGCAACAAAACUUGAUGGACAUUUUUGUAAUAUUGGAUGAUCUUUUAGACGAUAAGAGCGCUAUACUUAAACCCCUAAUUGAGGACAUAAAAACCAUUCUUCUUAAUGAAUAUGACUAUAUUGAAAAGAAACAAGAACAAUUAAACACUGCGACAGUGGUAGAAAGGAUUCAUAACAUAACAAAAACAAUGCUAAAUCUUUGCGAACAGUUGCAAAAUCUAAAUAAAGAAUUGCUAAAAGAAAAAAGUGAUGAAGAAUCACUUCUAGGUGUUAAAGCUACUAAAGAAAACAUACAAGAGCCACGAAAUGAACAAGAAGCUGACACAAAAGAUCAGAAGAGAGAAGAUUCUGAAGCUGUUGCUGAGAGGGUCAACGAAGGGAAAAUAUUAGUGAAAAAAGAACCAGAAGUCAAAGAAUCAGAAACUGAUGCACAGAAAGCGAAGCUUUUAUCAAAGGAGUCUGCAGAAGAAAAGGAACUAGAUAGAAAAGAGAAGAAAGCCGCAGAAAAGGAUGCUGAAAAGAAAGCUGAAGUUUCUGAAGUUGUUGCUGAAAAGAUUUCCCAGGAGAACAUAUCAGAGAAGAAAGAACCAGAAAUUAAGAAAGCUGAUAUCAAGGAACCAGAAACAGAAGCGCAGAAGGAGCAGCUUUUGUCGAAGGAAUUUACAGAAGACAAGAAGCUAAAUGAAAUGCAGAAGAAUCAAACUGAGACGGAUGCUGAGAAGAAUGCCCAGAAGGCAGAUGUUUCUGAAGUAGUUGCCGAAAAGGUCUCCGCGGAGAAGAUAUCACACAAAAUAGAUCAAGAAACAAAGGAAACUGAAAUAGAAGCACAAAAGGCUAAGCUUUUGUCGAAAGAAGAAAAACAAGAUAAGAAAGUGAAUGAAAAAGAGAAGAAACAGAUCCAAAAGGAUGGUGCAAAGAAAGCUCAGCAGGAAAAUGAAUCUGGAACUGAACCUGAACAAGUAUUUGAAAUUCCUGAGGCAAAUAAACUUGAAAUUUUAAAUCAGAAAAUCUUAGAUAUUGUCAAAUUGUCGGAGUCACAUACAUCUAACGAAAAUUUGAAAGUUAUUGUUGCGGAGAGUAAAAAUUUACUCGAAAACUCAUCAGAUUCUGAGAAGGUUGCCAAGUCUAUAUUUAAACUUAGAGAACACAUUGUCCAUACAUAUGAUGGUAACGCUCCUAAGGAUGAAAAUGAUAACGACAUAGUUGAAGCAUUUAUCGAGUCAGUUCUUGAGUUAUAUCCAGCUGUUUCUAAGAAUAUAAUUAACAACUACUUGAAAGAAAUUAAAGCAAAUAUUAUUUUAACUAAAGCCACAAUCAAACUUAUUGACGACACUGACAUGUUUGCAAAGCCUUCAUUACUUCUGCCAAAAUUAGUUAAUUUAGAGAAGAUUUCGGAGAGCAUCAAAUCUGAUCUCCACAUUGAAAAGUCUUCUGAAAAGAUGAUCCAUUUGCAACAAAACUUGAUGGACAUAUUUGUCAUAUUAGAUGAUCUCUUGGAUGACAAAACAGCUGCACUAAGGCCCAUAAUUGAGGAAAUGAAAACUAUUCUUCUUAAAGAGUAUGAUUAUAUUGAGAAGAAACAGGACAAAUUAAACACUGCGACAGUAGAAGAAAAGAUUCAUAACAUAACCAAAACCAUGCUGAAUGUUUGCGAGGAAUUACAAAAGCUGAAUAAGAAUUUGAUAGAUACAAAUAUUGGUGAAGAACCAACACUUGAAGUGGAAAAUAUUAAAGAAAAGAAACAAGAGCCACAAGAUGAUCUAACUAAAGACCAUAAGAAAGAAGAAGCUGAAGUGGUUGCCAAAAAACUUUCUGAAGAAAUUCCAGAGGAGAUUAAACUCACAGUCGAAGAACAUGAAGCAGAAGCGCAGAAAACGAAACUUUUGGAGAAAGAAUCUGCAGAAGAAAAGAAACUAGAUGAAAAGCAAAGCAAACAAGCUGAGAAAGAUGCUGAGAAGAAAGCUCAGAAGGCCGAUGUUUCCGAAGUAGUUGCUGAGAAGGUUUCCGAGAAGACGAUAUCAGAGAAAAAACAGACAGAAAUCAAGGAACCUGAAGCAGAAGCACAGAAAGGAAAACUUGUGUCGAAAGAAUCUGCAGAAGAAAAGAAACUGGAUGAAAAGCAGAAGAAACAAGCUGAGAAGGAUGCUGAGAAGAAAGCUCAAAAAGCAGAUGUUUCUGAAGUUGUUGCUGAGAAGGUUUCCGAAGAGAAGACAUCAGAGAAAAAAGAGACAGAAACCAAGGAACCAGAAACAGAAGCACAGAAAGCAAAACUUGUGUCGAAAGAACCUGCAGAAGAAAAGAAACUGGAUGAAAAGCAGAAUAAACAAGCUGAGAAGGAUGCUGAGAAAAAAGCUCAAAAAGCAGAUGUUUCUGAAGUUGUUGCUGAGAAGGUUUCCGAGGAAAAGAUAUCAGAGAAAAAACACACAGAAAUCAAGGAAGCAGAAACAGAAGCACAGAAAGCAAAACUAUUGUCGAAGGAAUCUGCAGAAGAAAAGGAAAUAGAUGAAAAGCAGAUGAAACAAGCUGAGAAGGAUGCUGAGAAAAAAGCUCAAAAAGCAGAUGUUUCUGAAGUUGUUGCUGAGAAGGUCUCCGAGGAGAAGAUUUCAGAGAAAAAAGAGCCGGAAAUUAAGGAAGCCGAAACAGAAGCACAGAAAGCAAAACUUUUGUCGAAGGAAUCUGCAGAAGAAAAGAAACUGGAUGAAAUGCAGAAGAAACAAGCUGAGAGCGAUGCUGAGAAGAAAGCCCAAAAAGCAGAUGUUUCUGAAGUUGUUGCUGAAAAGGUCUCCGAGAAGAAGACAUCAGAGAAAAAAGAGACAGAAAUAAAGGAACCAGAAACAGAAGCACAGAAAGCAAAACUAUUGUCGAAGGAAUCUGCAGAAGAAAGGGAAAUAGAUGAAAAGCAGAUGAAACAAGCUGAGAAGGAUUCUGAGAAGAAAGCCCAAAAAGCAGAAGUUUCUGAAGUAGUUGCUGAGAAGGUCUCCGAGGAGAAGAUUUCAGAGAAAAAAGAAACGGAAAUUAAGGAAGCCGAAACAGAAGCACAGAAAGCAAAACUUUUGUCGAAGGAAUCUGCAGAAGAAAAGGAAAUAGAUGAAAAGAAGAUGAAACAAGCUGAGAAGGAUUCUGAGAAGAAAGCCCAAAAAGCAGAAGUUUCUGAAGUAGUUGCUGAGAAGGUCUCCGAGGAGAAGACAUCAGAGAAAAAAGAGACAGAAAUUAAGGAACCAGAAACAGAAGCACAGAAAGCAAAACUAUUGUCGAAGGAAUCUGCAGAAGAAAAGGAAAUAGAUGAAAAGCAGAUGAAACAAGCUGAGAAAGAUUCUGAGAAGAAAGCCCAAAAAGCAGAAGUUUCUGAAGUAGUUGCUGAGAAGGUCUCCGAGGAGAAGAUUUCAGAGAAAAAAGAGACAGAAAUCAAGGAACCAGAAACAGAAGCACAGAAAGCAAAACUAUUGUCGAAGGAAUCUGCAGAAGAAAAGGAAAUAGAUAAAAAGCAGAUGAAACAAGCUGAGAAAGAUUCUGAGAAGAAAGCCCAAAAAGCAGAAGUUUCUGAAGUAGUUGCUGAGAAGGUCUCCGAGGAGAAGAUUUCAGAGAAGAAAGAAUCUAAAGUCAAGGAAGCUGAAUCAGAAGCACAGAAGGCGAAGCUUUGUCGAAGGAAUCUCCUGAAGAAAAAGCACUCGAUGAAAAGCAGAAGAAACAAGCUGAGAGCGAUGCUGAGAAAAAACCCCAGAAAGCAGAAGUUUCUGAAGUUGUCGCCGAGAAGGUCUCCGAGGAGAAGAUUUCAGAGAAGAAAGAAUCUAAAGUCAAGGAAGCUGAAUCAGAAGCACAGAAGGCGAAGCUUUUGUCGAAGGAAUCUCCUGAAGAAAAAGCACUCGAUGAAAAACAGAAGAAACAAGCUAAGAAAGAUGCUGAGAAAAAAGCCCAGAAAGCAGAAGUUUCUGAAAAGGUCUCCGAGGAAAAGAUUUCAGAGAAGAAAGAAUCUAAAGUCAAGGAAGCUGAAUCAGAAGCACAGAAGGCGAAGCUUUUGUCGAAGGAAUCUCCUGAAGAAAAAGCACUCGAUGAAAAACAGAAGAAACAAGCUAAGAAAGAUGCUGAGAAAAAAACCCAGAAAGCAGAAGUUUCUGAAGUUGUCGCCGAGAAGGUCUCCGAGGAGAAGAUUUCAGAGAAGAAAGAAUCUAAAGUCAAGGAAGCUGAAUCAGAAGCACAGAAGGCGAAGCUUUUGUCGAAGGAAUCUCCUGAAGAAAAAGCACUCGAUGAAAAGCAGAAGAAACAAGCUGAGAGCGAUGCUGAGAAAAAACCCCAGAAAGCAGAAGUUUCUGAAAAGGUCUCCGAGGAAAAGAUUUCAGAGAAGAAAGAAUCUAAAGUCAAGGAAGCUGAAUCAGAAGCACAAAAGGCGAAGCUUUUGUCGAAGGAAUCUUCUGAAGAAAAAACACUCGAUGAAAAACAGAAGAAACUAGGCGAGAGCCAUGCUGAGAAAAAAGCCCAGAAAGCAGACGUUUCUGAAGUUGUUGUCGAGAAGGUCUCCGAGAAGAAGAUUUCAGAGAAGAAAGAACCUAAUAAAACAGAUGUAGAGGAAGCGAGCU